AUGGGCAUUGAAGUGCCUGAGGGAAGCGUGCGGCUCAACCCGAGAACGGCCGGGAAGUAUGCGCUCGGAAUUGCCUCGAAGGUGCGAAGCGGUCUGGUAGGCUCUUUAGCCGCGCACAAGAUUCCAGUAUUGGAUGCGAUGGCAUACGUUGAUGGGCCUGGUGUACUGCGAUUGCAUCCAACACCGACCUCUCCACCGAGCACUCCAACGAUGCUGAGGGCAAAAAAUAUAAUUCUCGCUCCAGGUUCCGUGCCGUUUGUGCCUCCCGGAAUCGAUCUAGCUCAAAGCCAGCCCUCUCAGGGAGGCGCUGCGGAGGCUUCGGAGGAGGGAGAGCAGCGGCACCAGAUCAUGACCAGCGAUACGGCCGUCGGCUUGCCCUUGAUGCCGUCGUACAUCACCAUCAUUGGAGCUGGGUAUAUCGGACUGGAGUUCGCAGAAGUCUUCUCAGCCAUGGGGGCAGAGAAUCUUGGCCUUGAGGCGCUUGGUGUUACUUUGAAGCGCGGAGGCUUCGUGCCCGUAGACGCGUGCAUGCGGGUGUUGAAGGGGUCUCCUGCCGGGGGGGCAGCUGGCGCAUCCUCUCAGCCGAGCGCAGAAGCAGGAGGCAGUGCUCUUGGAGACGACGCGGAGGCGAUAGAUGGACUCUACUGUAUUGGAGAUGCCAACGGACUUUUGCAACUCGCGCAUGCCGCCUCUGCUCAGGCCGUCACCGCAGUUGAAGCGAUCGCCGGAAGAAAUCGGCCCUUCAACUCCCGCCUCAUUCCGGCUGCCUGUUUUACCAACCCCGAGAUCGCCUUUGUCGGCUACACUGAGCCAGAGGCACGCGCUCUCGGGGAGAAGCAGGGCUUUGAGGUUGGAGUGAGCACAGCCAACUUUAGGGCGAACUCUAAGGCAGUAGCUGAAGGAGAGGCCGAAGGCCUCAUGAAGGUUUUGUGGCGUAAGGAUUCGGGGCAGGUGUUGGGCUGCCACAUGAUUGGGCCUCACGCAGGAGACCUCAUGCAGCAAUGCGCCAAUGCAAUGGCUACGCAGACGCCUGUCGACCGGCUAGCUCAGAUCACGCACACGCACCCCACGCUCAGUGAGACAGUGGAGGCCGCAUGGAAGCAAGCAGUAGGCCUCCUUUCACACUAG